GAGGGGAGCAGGCAGUCACUCUGUGCCCUGGAUUGUAGCAGACAGCAGCCCUCCUGCAGCCUGUUCACCACCAUGGAUGUCAAAGUGCUGGUGCUGAUGGUUCUGCUGGCCGUGGCCGCGCGUGCCCCGACCUCCACCGCGAAGCCCAUCAGCCUGGUCGAGAGGUGCUGGUGUCGCUCCACCCUCAACACCGUUCCUCAGCGCUCCAUCAAAGAGCUCAAGUUCCUCCACACACCCAACUGCCCCUUCCAAGUCAUUGCCAAGCUGAAAAGCAACAGGGAGGUGUGCAUCAACCCCGAGACCAAGUGGCUGCAGCAGUACUUAAAGAACGCUAUUAACAAGGUGAAGAAAUCCAGAAGACGCAAUAACAACAAGAACUAAAGAGGGGGUGGAGGUGAACGCCGACAAGCCUGGCAACCUGGCAACCUGCACACCUGUCUGCCACUCCCAUGGAUGUAUGUAACACGCUGUAUGUACCCGUCCACCUCUCUGGACCGCUUGCAAAACCAGCACUUCACCGCCAACCGUGCCGCCCCCCCCAGCCCCGGACAACGCUCCGGCCACGCAGUCACCUCCCAGCCUUCCAUGUUCGCACCAAGUGCCGUUACACCCUCUGUUGGGAUGUCGGGAUGAUGAUAAAUAUGUGUGUGAGCGCUGGGUGACCGGCGAGAGAGAGUAUGUGUGUGUAUGUGCACGUAUGCGUGUGCGCGUGUGUGUGUGAGUUUGAAUGCGCUGUGCAUCAACUAACGCUGAAUGUGUGUUUGUAUAUAGUGUUUUCUCACAUCAGGUGGCUGUAAAGAACUCUAUGCUAACUCUUUUUUCUCACACACAAGGCUUUGUGGGUAAUGCUGCGUUCAAGCCGUGUUGGAUUUACCGUAAAUACUAGCUGCCGAGCAGAAAAACACGCAGCCCCCUUGUUAUAAUUACAAGUAGAGCAUGUGUGAUUUUUUUUUUUUUUUUUUUUUUUUGCAGGGCAUCAAAUACUGCAGUGGAUCGAUCCAUGUUGAAAAUCCAGUUGCAAAAAACUUGUUGGAAAUGAUCGGUUAUAACCACAGUAACUGGCUUUUCUCCCAGCAGCCGUUUUGACAUGAAAUAGCAGGGUAAACACAGGUGUGACUAAUAACAUUAAUGUAGGUCUUGUUGUAUUUAGGUGGCCUAGUGUUCAUGCUGAUUCACUGGAAUGCCUCUGGUUCUCUUAAAUGAAACAGAACCUUCCUUAAUGUCAUUGGAAACCUGUGUUUACCUGCUGAUUCAUGUCAAAACGGCUGCAGUUAAAAUCAGCUCUACUUACAAAACGAAUGAACGCAGCAUUACUUCAGCAGUGGACUCUGACUGAGGGGGUCAUGGGAUAAGGAAAGAGGCUGGCCAAUGAGGUUAGCCCGCUCCAUGUGACCAAUCAGGGCAGGAUCUGCUAACACGACGUCUUGCAGUGUCUCACGAGCUUGCCAACACCGUCAGGAGGUGAAUGGAAGUUUGCGCAAACUACUAAGAAAUAAGCACUGAUCAUGUGGUGCUAUACACGGGGUCAGAGCCAUUGAGGCGAAUGGAAUUCAUUUUGUAUUUUAUGCAAGAUUUGGGAUGGGAUGGGGCCAGAUGCUGUGCCUGUGUCUCUCACCAGCUCUAUAUCUGCUUUUAGCCAGCUACAGAACAUUGUAAGAGAAGCAUCAGUCCGAGAGAGAGAGAUAGAUGUUGCUUUCUCUUGGGAAUGCGCGGGUGUUAGCACACACAGACUGUAAUGAAACGGGAUAAAACACCUAUCAAUGCAGCUUCUUUACUAAUGCAACAUAUCAUUUCAAGGCAUACAAGCAGGAAACGGAGACCAAAUAUUUAUUCAGUAAAACAUGCAAUAUGAAGAAACCUGUCAACCUCAAAAAAACAUUUGUUUUUUAUAAAAGGUAGAAGCAUAUCACAUUUCAUGACUUAGUUCAAGUUGUUACAUGGCUACAAUUUUGUACCUCUUAAUAAAAAAAAAAGGGAGUGGGUAAAUAUAUUUCAUGGCAAACAUAGGAAUUGAACUGCAGUAUUUUCAUACCAACACCUGUCCUUGGUAGGAAUGAGAAGCUAAUAAAUUGCCAUGGAAAAUUACCUGGCUGAUCAAUUUCAUAUUCAAAGGAAAUGUUCAUGUGGUAAAAGAAAGUUUUUGGUUAUCCUUCUUUCAUAUAUAUAAAUAUGAGCCACUUUAUUAUCAGAUGUGUCGUUUAAAUGUAAUGACUUUAUUUUUGUAUUAUUUUUGUAUUUUUAAUGCAAUUUAGGCAAUACUAAAUGAAGGCUUUUCCAUAGAGUACUGCACCAUGAAACAGUAUUACAACAUCAUUUGUAUGUUUCAAUGCAAUAUUCCACAUAUAUUAUUUGUAAUUUUUUGCUUAUGUAGUUACACAAUAUGCAGUAUCUCCAAAUCGGUAAGACAUUUUCAUUUUUUCAUUUCUGAAUGAUGUAGUAAAAAAAUAAUAAUAAUAAUAAUAAAAUCAUCAUAAGUGGUUUGGUAGAGCAAAUUAAAUGCUGUCAUUUUCCCUGACUGGUCCUUACCAGCUGAUCACAGAUGUAACACGGCUAAAUCUAACAAAAUAUGUAUUUAGGUACAAAAUCUUGAAAGUUAACUUGGCUGUUGUGUUAAAGUUAUUCCAGCAGCUAUCCUGGUCAACCCACUAGUUUUCCCAUUUGAACACUUGUAAUUAGAUUUUUUUAUUAUUAUUAUUUCCAGUGAGUGUGAUGUAUGAUGUGUCAAUAGAGCCACUGAGCCAAAAUGGAGAACAAUACCUUUGAAUUGCGAUCCAAGGGACCAACAUGUGCUUUCAAUCUGGCCACUCCCAGCACCCCGUGGGCUUUCUGUGCGAUUUGCAAUUUCACUUAACUGUUGCCAUGCCGCAGACUUUAAGGCCUUUUUUGUUUCUUGAGGGUGAACUUGUUAUGGAGAUUAUUUCGGCCUUUUCAUUUACACUUAACGCCAGCCACAUACACACUGCAUGCCAUGUGGCGGAAGCCUUUUUUACAAGUGUUAAUGUUCACAAUUUGCAGCUCGAAGGUGCAGUAAUCCUGGUAAUGUGAUAAACUUCCCAUUAUUGUAAUAAAAAUUACUGACCAUUUAUUCUUAAAAUGGACAUCUGUUUAAAUCUGUCAUCUAUCGCUUAUUAUGGAGAAAGCUGCCAUUUGCAGUUUUAAAUGUAGUGUGGUAACAGUCAAAAUUCAUAAUACAACUAUCAUCCUCCACUAUAUGCUUAUAGAUUAUUCUAUUACAUAUUUAAAAAAAAAAAAAAAAAAACAUUUAGUACAUCUAAAACAUGU